AUGUUCCAAAGUGUUCUCAAAUACCGCAGCACAUGCCAAAACUGUCAACACACUAAGUACUCUGAGAAGGAUCAUUCAUGGGUUCUUAGUGCGCCCCCGCUAGAAGGAAAACUGGGAUCCAUCGAGGACUGCAUUCGAGAAUACAUGAAGCCAGAAAUCAUCCCAGGGUAUAAAUGUGAUAAUUGCAAAACGGAAUCAACACUUUAUCGGCAGAUGUUCAUCCGGGACGCACCUGAAGUACUUGUUGUCCAGAUCACCAGAUUCAAAGUAUCAGAGACUGGCGAAUCAUCGAGGCUCACAACGAGAGUGACCUUUGCUGAGGAUCUAGACCUCACACCGCGACUAAUCCCGCGGGCCGGAAGAUCAGGAGAAACUCUCAGCUACCAGCUUAGUUCAGUUGUCGUCCACCGCGGAACCACUAUUAAGGAGGGGCACUAUAUCUCCUAUGUUAAAGGACCAAAUGGUGCCUGGGCAUCCCUAGAUGACGAAUUCUCUGAGCACGUCGACAUCAGUGCUGUUCUUAAUUGCCAUGAGGAUAUGGUAGUCCCCUAUGUCCUCAUCUAUAAUAGGAAACCCCUUUUUACAGCAACCCGUGGGGGCCAGAAUACAGUUGCCAGCGAUACGGGGACACACUCAAUUAUUGAGAUUGGAUUCUCCCCGCCCGGUGAAGUGGAGGAGAUAUCUUCUUCCACUAUACCUGGGGUUUCUGCGCAUAUUACUCCUGACUUGCCCCAGGAACAACAGAAUGGGGAAUCUGCCCCGGCGGCCCCUGAAGCGAGCGACGGCCUGUCUGACUUAUUCGAUGGCUCACAGCGUUCGUCCGCUGGUCCACCUGACCCCAGCUUAGGGGCUCGCUGGGAGGGACAGCCAGCAGAGAUCGCUGUUCAGGUAAUCAUGGGUGAUAUAGUCCUAACAGGGGUCUUGAAGGGUAUUUUACAGAGGUCAAAGCGCCUUGGACUUGGUAGCGUGCAAGGAGGUGGUGCAAAACCAACGGGUAUUGUUAAAUCAAGCCGUUCGCCGUUACGGGCUCAUCACGGAAGGUAA